GAGGUGUAGUGUUGAUAUCAGGGACCGGCUCAAACUGCAAGCUCGUCAAUCCCGAUGGCUCACAGAUCGGCUGUGGAGGCUGGGGUCACAUGAUGGGCGAUGAGGGAUCAGCAUUCUGGAUCGCUCACUUGGCGGUGAAGACAGUGUUUGAUGCCAAAGACAACCUGGUGGCUCCUCCGUAUGAUAUUUCACAUGUCAAGAAAACCAUGGAGGAGUACUUUCAGGUGUCAGAUUUGAUGGGCAUGUUGCCGCACCUCUACAGACACUUCCAGAAGUCCUACUUUGCUGGUUUUUGCAAGAAGCUGGCUGAAGGUGCAGAAGCAGGGGAUGCUCUCUGUCGGUAUGUGUUCACUCAGGCUGGGAGAGUCCUGGCAAAACAUGUAGAAGCAGUCCUGCCUGCAGCACAAGAGGUAACGUAUAAUGAAUUCUAGUGUAGGGGUGGACUAAACCGUUUUGGGCCUUUUGUAAGAGAGAGAUCCCAAUCUCAGCUGCAGAUUGGAUGAGAACCUGUUA